CGGGCCAUGGCGGAAGCAGGAAGCGGCGGCCCGGCCCCCGCGUCCCGCCUCCAUCGCGGGCGGGAGGAGCCCGGAGCCGGGCGGCGGAGCGGGGCAGCCGCCGGGCGGUGCCGGGGGAUUUUUCAUCGGAGGCCAUGGAGCUUUUGUCCAACGAGCUCAGCAUUUAUGACAAGCUCUCAGAGACGAUUGAUCUAGUGAGGCAGACUGGCCACCAGUGUGGGAUGUCAGAAAAAGCCAUUGAGAAAUUCAUCAGGCAGCUCUUGGAAAGGAAUGAACCCCAAAGGGGACCUCCGCGGUAUCCUGUCUUAGUGGCUCUCUACAAGGGCCUGCUCACCCUGGGACUGGUGCUGCUGACUGUUUACUUUGUGAUCCAGCCAUACAGCCCUCUGCCGCCUGAAGCUCCGCUCUCCAGAGCCCAUGCCUGGGGCUCCCUCAUCGGUCACAUCCGGCUGCUCUCUCUGCCUAUUGCCAAGAAGUACAUGCUUGAGAAAUGCCAGGACUGGUGGGCAGCAGGUUGCAGGCAGAACACUUCUACGCUUCCUGCAAACUGCACAGUCUGUUCUGCUGUGAAAAGCCUUCAGAUAGUGACAGACUUUGGAGAACUAUCAGAAAAGCUCCAGAGGCCUCAGCCUUUUCUAAUCAAGACAGGGCAGCAUCUCUCCUAUGAAGAAAUCAAACAUUUUCAGUCUCAGGAUCCAAAACUGGCAGAGGUUAUAAUAGAAGAAAACUCAGCUGAAUUGUGGAGCUGCCCAUUUUUCCUUCCCUGGAACAAAUCUGUGAAUAAAACUCAGAUUCUUCAGGAAUUUUUCCCCGCUUCCUCUUUGCUGUCCUUCCCCAAGGCAGUGUCCCUGGAGAGCUGCUUCCUCAUCCGCCAUCCAGAUCUGGGGAAUAAGAGCUACAGUCUGCACAGCCUCUUUGCUGUUGGAAGUGGACAGCUCACCCUGACUGUUGUACCUCUGGACAAGUGCAGAGAACACUGUGAGAUGUUCAAGGUGGAGCUGGAAGCUGGAGAUUUGGGUUAUGCCAGCGCAGAUUACUGGAUGAUGAGCUUCAUGGCCAAAGGGACAGAGCCAGCAGUGAUUUGUGAUGGAGCUGCUAGCUAAGGACAUGGGUGGGAGAACAGAGCUGUAUCCAGGACAAGAAGACUUUCAGCUUUGAAGCCAAGGCAAUGUCAUGCAAGAGAAUCGAGCUGGGGCAGGCAGCUUUGCCACCCUGCAUGUUUACAAUGUUUAAAAAGGACUGUUUCCCUGACCCUUGAGGUAAUUCUUUGCCUUUCCCCAAAUGUAUUUUGGGAGAAGCUCAAGCUAUUUAUGAUCUUCCCUGUCCUGUCAGGUAAGCCCUGGGUUUGCAGCAAAGGGAUUUCUCAGGAUGAGAUUCACUUUGUGUCCUUUGUGGACUAUGGCACUUCUGAAACUUCCUGGGGGGUUUGGGAGUGGAGGGGGUGUGUAACACUUGUGUGUACAUUCCUCCUGAGGAGGAAGCUUUGAGCCUGUCUUGUCAGGCCAGCUCUAUAAAGGGAAUGAAUUGAUGUGUUCCAACUUCACCCUAUCUCCAUCACAUUCGCAGCUGUGUGCCUCAGUGGUGUGCCCCAUAAAGCCCAUCUCUGCUCCAUGCUCCAGGGUUGAGAUGACCCUUGCAGCCUAAGGGCAGAGACCCUCAGCAUCAUUCUUGUACCAAAAUAAUCUGUUCAGGCCUCUUCUUUGUGUCUUGUGAUCCCUCUCCUGCGGCUCUCUGUCAGCAGGUUAUGAGUGAGUCAAAUCGUAACUGUGCUUUUUCUUUCCCCACCUCCUUUCCUACAAACAUACCAAGGCAAGUUUUGUGCUGGUGGUGCUGAGGGCCUCGUAAUUCUGGAUGGAGACAGGACUGGGGGCAGAGCAGCUCUGUGCAAGUUCCAUCUCCUGAUUCUGCACUUCAGACACAAGGGCUGCUCCACUGUUUCCUCCUUGCUUUGGGAGGUGCUGCCUGUGUCCCCUGCCCAGAGUACCUACAGGAGCACCUGAAAACUUCCUUGUCCCUGGUGGUUUUUUGCGUUGCCUCCAUCCAGACCUGGAACUCUGUUGUCAGAGUGAAUGUUGGUUUUUCCUGAGUCCUUUCCAAGCUGCCUUCACUUGCUUCCUGUUGCUCGAGCGCUGCUCAGCAAUGCCCUGAGAGAGGCUCAGUUUCAGUGUUUGCAGGCUGUGGAUGCUGAGGGCUCUUCCAAGUCUGAUCCUUUGGGUCUGAUCCUGUUGUGGAAGAUCAUUUACAGAUGUGUCAGGGCUGAACUGCCAGGCCAGGGCUGGGGUUCAGGAUAUAUUCUCACACUUGUUAAUAUGGAAUUGGGAGGGGGUUUGUUUGAAAGUGAGUUAACUCUGUUCUCAGGAGCAAGAACCUUUUCCUCUGUAAAUACUUCAGGUACAUGUGAAAUGACAGGUUGGAAAACUGUCUGCCCAGCCUUUGUUUUUGAGUGAGACCAGGAGAAUGGGAGCAAACAUUGCACUGAUCCGAGUAAACUCUGACAAAAGCUGCCAAGUGGGAUGACCACGUCUGGCUCCUGUACGAGGAUAAGGCAGAGGACAGUUCCUGCUCCAAAGAAUUUAGUCUGAGGCCUUGACACUACAAACAUUUCUAUGCAUAACCCUUAGUUUUCUCCUGUAAACAAAUGAGAACAGCCCCAGGACCUGUGUCAGUCUGGAUGCAUGGCCCUCAACACUGCACCACCACACAGCAGGUCUGGUAGAACCGAAGGGGGAGAGUGUGACUGAGUCAGGACAGGAAAGGACUGAUCUAAUUUGUGACAAAAUAUUAAAGGGAAUUGGAUUAAUAAGACUGCCAUCAGUAUAAUUAAUGCUUGGGGGAUGUUUUCCACUUGUGACACUACGUGCAAUCUUGUACAUGCCAAGACACACACCCCCCUCCUCCUCUCCCUCCUCUUAAAGCCUGGGUCUUAGUUAAUGGAAAUUUGGGGGUUUGGUGAUGGCAGAAUUAGGGCCUCGUUAGUGACUGUUGCUGUUUACACUCUGGCAGCUUCUCAAGUCAAAUUCAAAGGCUGAUGAGGUGACUUCACCUCUCACCGGGGUUGUACCUGAGCCCUUUGGUUAGAGACGCUUAUGGGCAAAACCUGCUGGGCCUAUGAUUGUGGAGGCUGUGGGUGCUUUGGUGGUGCUGCCACUUCCAAGUGUCCUUGAAUGUAACUUGUAAGAGCUGCAGAGACAAUUCUCAAAGUGUCUGUGAAAUGCCUGUGCUUUGUGAGUCCCACCUAAGCCACUGUGGCUGUCUGGAUCCUUUGGGAAGAAGCAGAGAAAACGGAUCUAUUGGUGCUUGCUGUUUAGACUGGGGGAAAAGGGGAGGGCUCCCGGGCAGGUUUGUGCCUAUUUAACGAAAGUGCUCUCAAGUAUUGCUUCUCCCCUCCUCAGAGUUGCAGCUGGUUGGACAGAAGAUGGUGAAUCUGGCCUGUUUGCAGAUCAGCUUUCCAAGUGCACUUUAUGGUCUCUGCAUAAGUUUCCAGCUCUGUGUCUAGGCGAUACAUUGCAUAUGUCCCAGCUGUGCUCCCUUUGGGGUUUACAUCAUUUGUUUUCAAACUUCCAGUAUAUUUUCUCUUCCUCUUCCAAAAGCUGUAAGGAAUUAGCUGCUAAACUGAAACAGGAGGGCAGUUCUGCUGAUAAAGAGCCGAUCUUAGCCCUGGCCACUGUUGAGCCCCAGUCUGUAGCACGGCUUCUAGAGCAGCUCCUGUCCUCAGCUGCCAGAGGAGGAGCAUGGGCAAGGAGCCGGGAUGGAAAACUCGGAUACGAGGCCAAAGUGGCAAGACUGGGGUGGCCAGAAGGAGGUUUUGACCCCUUGGCCAUCCAAGCAAGCAAGUCUUGGUUGUCUUCCUCACCCAGGGCUCCAGCUUCCCUUUGCAAGGGCUACAGGAAGGAGGCUGUGGCUUCCCUAGAGAGCCUGGCAGCUCCCAGUGAGCUGCUGAGGCUGAGCUGGGGGAGAUGUGGCUGUUUCCUCAGCUACUGAGGCAUCGAUCAGAUGAAUCACUGGGGGUGUGUCCCACGUGCUCUCCCUCAGCUCCAGCCUCCCUUUGGCACUUGGGUGUAUCCAAGUGUCCGUGCUGGUUUGGACAAUCCCCGCUCCCCACCCUGGCCAGCUUGGGGGGUGCCAAUCAAUGCAUGCAACUUCGCUAUUUAAAGCCUCUUUGUGUGCUUCAGAGCUCUGCCCAUGAGCUGGGACAUGGGCUCUGUUCACUCAGAGGCUGCAAAGCUGCUCUGGAAUCACAGAGACCGGUACUACCCGAGAGCCCCGUGGGCAGAGGGGAGGGGGGAUCAUCCCUCUACUUGUCAGGGUACAAAGGCUGUCACCCGGCAGCAGGGCUGAGGCUCCUGGCUUAAAGCUGUCUCUGUAAGCAGGGUCAUUGCCUGUUGCUCUCAGCCAGGCCUGAACUCAGGGUAACUGAAAGGAGGAGAAAGGAGGGGUGUUCCUUCCUUCAGCACCAGGGAGUCAGCAUCCCCUGUGGGAGCCAGGCUGCCAGCUCCUCUUGAUUCUCUUUUUUCUCCCCUCUCAUUUUCCCCUCCCCUCUGGCACUGCACACACCAGUUCCCCCAGGGCAGCUGUCCCGGUCCCAGCCUCAAACUCCCUGUGCAGUGCCCUGGAGAAUGGGUUUCCUGGGAUCCCUGCUGCUUCUCCCGCUCCGCACUCUGGCAGAGGCUGGUUCUACUGGGCUGGAUCAGAGCCCUCCUGCUCUCGUGGCUGCCCUCCCAGCACGUCCCACACGCAGCAUGGGACAGUGGGGAGCAGAGCACCUCAUCACUGGAGAUGAGCUCCGUGAACAGCACCAUCCCAGGCAGGGGAUGCUCCUGCCUCUAAACCCGUGUUCACGUUGGGAAUGCUGCUCCAGCAGGGAAUUUUGCAGAUCCCAGGCUCCGUGAUGGGAGUUUAGCCCCGUGGCUCCCAGGAGAACCGGAUACGUUCUGUAUUGAGGCCAUGGGUGCACAACGAGCUUUGGCUUCCCACAAACCAAACUCUCACCUCUUGCUAAAUUUCCUAGGUAGAAUUCUGCUUUCUCCUCUUCAGGAAGCUCUUUCUUGCACAGGAUUUACUGUCCUGCUGAGUUAAACACGGGAGAUGCUGGACUUCCCCUUUGCUCUGGAGAUUCAAGCACAUGGCAAGUGAUUACUCUUGGUGUUAUCUCUUUGUCCUCAAGGAGAGAAGCUGUGUUAGAAGGGCUCAGGGGUGCUGGGAAGUCGAGCUGGACAUGCAUAAAGACUGUUUUGAUGCUGAACACUAUAAAGUCAGUGGUGGAUUAAAAGAAAAAAGGAUGUAAAUAUGCACUUAAUGCAGAAUUUUAUGGAUGGUCCUAAUUUAAUAUAUUGCAACCUUUGUAAAUACUUGGGAAAAGCCUGUAAAGUGUGUAAAUAAAUGAGAUUUGUAUGGAAGAAGAAUAAAAACAGUUUUUACUUUUUGCAAUUAAAUCCAAGUGUUAAUGCA